CUAACCUGUCAGUCUCCUCUCUUCUCGGUCGCCCCCUUUCUUCGAGACUUGAGGGCCACGAAAAGGAAAACCUGCAACUCCGUCAAAAACGACGUCGUAGGUCCGAAACUUUAGAGCACUCUCUGUAUAAGCUGUCUCAGCACGAACACGACGACGACAACGAAAAAGGGUUCAAUUGAGCAGAAAUUUCAUGCGCUGAUCUUAAACGGAAAAAAAUCAUGUUGUCUCGAAUCGGACGCUCGGCGUAUCGCUCAUCGCGCGCGUCGACGAAUAAAGGCGCUCUGUCGGGCAGUUACGGGCUGCGGUCGUCGGCCUUGACGGAACUUUCGUCGGGAAAUGCGGCGGAAACCGGUGGGCUAGGGUCAGUGAGGAGCUACCUGACGUCAAUUGGAGCUGGUAAGCACGUCUCGAGGAGUGAUUUGUUACAUGAAUUCAAGUCUGUGUUUAGAAACGCUGGGCUGCGGAGGACGUUCUGCAGUGAGGCCCCGAAGAAAAAGAAAUAUGAAAACUACUAUCCGAAGAACAAGUCUGAAAUUCCGAAGGAGAAUAAUCAAAAGUCGGGGGCCAAAGAGGACUCGGGAGCAGGUGAGCAGUGGAACAAUCCAGAAAUGUCAAGGCAAAUUCAAACUUUAAUUGUUCCCGCAUUGUUGGUUGGGUUUGGGCUUCAAUUAAUAUUCAGUCAUCCUAAUGACGUGAAGCCGAUAAGUUUCCAAGAAUUCAAGACCAAGCUACUCGAACCUGGCCUGGUGGAUCACAUAAUUGUUUCGAACAAGUCAGUUGCAAAAGUAUACAUAAAAAAUUCACAACCUAAUGGCGACUCAACCAUAGUGGACACCAUUCAGGAUCCAGUCGGUCAAACGAAUGACAAAAGUACCCCUAGCCAUUACAAAUACUAUAUCAACAUUGGAAGUGUGGAAUCAUUUGAGGAGAAGCUGGAGGAAGCCCAGGAAACAUUAGGAGUUGACCAUCACGAUCAUAUCCCGGUCACUUAUGUUUCUGAGCUGAAUUUUUUCAAAGAACUCAUGAAGUAUGGUAUGUAUUACAUCGGAAGGAGAAGUGGGAUUGGUGUCGGUGGACCCAGCAUGAAGGGCGGCCGUGGAAUCUUCAAUAUCGGAAAAGCUCACGUCUUUUUCAAAGAUGUAGCCGGCUGUGACGAGGCGAAACAAGAAAUCAUGGAAUUCGUGCACUUCCUGCAAAACCCCAAGAAGUACGAGGAGCUAGGCGCAAAAAUCCCAAAAGGCGCCCUCCUUGUGGGCCCACCCGGAACCGGGAAAACCCUUCUCGCCAAGGCAACUGCCGGCGAAUCCGGAGUGCCCUUCCUCUCCAUAUCCGGCUCGGAUUUCAUGGAGAUGUUUGUCGGUGUGGGGCCCGCAAGGGUCCGGAGCCUAUUCCAGGAGGCUCGACAGUGUGCUCCGAGCAUAGUCUUCAUCGACGAAAUAGACGCCAUAGGCCGAGCUCGUGGCCGUGGGGCUUUUUCCGGUGGGAAUGACGAGCGUGAAAGCACGCUGAAUCAGCUUCUCGUCGAGAUGGAUGGAUUCGGGACAACUUCUGGUGUGGUUGUACUUGCAGGUACAAACCGGCCCGAUAUAUUGGACAAGGCCUUGUUGAGGCCCGGGAGGUUUGAUCGUCAGAUUACGAUCGACAAACCCGAUAUUAAGGGAAGGGAUCAGAUUUUCUGUAUCUAUCUGAAUAAGCUAAAGCUUGACCAGGAGCCUUUGUACUAUUCGCAGAGGCUUGCAGCUCUCACUCCUGGGUUUGCCGGGGCCGAUAUUGCUAAUGUGUGUAAUGAAGCGGCCUUAAUUGCUGCCAGGACCGAGAGCCCGAUAAUCACGAUGCAGCAUUUCGAGUCGGCUAUUGAUCGAGUGAUCGGAGGCCUCGAGAAGAAGAACAAGGUUAUCAGCAAGAUGGAGAGGCGGACUGUAGCUUACCACGAAUCUGGACAUGCCGUUGUCGGCUGGUUUCUAGAACAUGCCGAGCCGUUGCUUAAAGUCACGAUCGUCCCUCGUGGGACCGCAGCACUCGGUUUCGCUCAGUAUGUUCCGAACGAAAACCUUCUCAUGACCAAAGAGCAGCUCUUUGACAUGACAUGCAUGACCCUCGGCGGCCGUGCCUCUGAGCAGGUGACCAAGAUGACGUACGCACAGGUGGCAAUAUACGGGUUCAGUGAGAAAGUGGGCCUGUUAUCCUUCCCCCAAAGGGAUGAUGGGCUUGAGAUGGGAAAGCCCUAUAGCAGCAAAACUGCCGCAAUCAUAGACAAUGAGGUCCGUGAAUGGGUCGGUAAAGCUUACACCCGUACAGUCCAGCUCAUAGAGGAGCACAAGGAUCAUGUGGCCCAAAUUGCCGAGCUUCUGCUCGAGAAAGAGGUCUUGCAUCAGGAUGACUUGGUCCGUGUAUUGGGCCAACGCCCGUUUAAAUCAAGUGAGCCCACGAAUUACGACAGGUUCAAACAAGGGUUUGAGGAGGAAAGUGGAGAUAGUAGGAAAGCUGCAGACGAUAGUAAUGAAGGUGAGCUGGUUCGUGGUUUCUUGCUUGAUGAUGCUGAUAACAGAAAUCGUUUUCGUUCCCUUCUCUUUCUUGCUUGUGAUGGGUUUUGGCUUGGAUUUGGCCUCGAAGGUUCUUUUCUAUCCGUCGACGGCCGAAUAAAAAUCGGCACCACUAAAAAUUCAGAAAUUUCUACUAUUUUCACCCUUUCAUUUUCUCCGCCCGUCACGAAAGCUAAAAACUUCAGGCGAAUUUCAGUGGUUGCUAUGUCGGACUUGAGCAAAAGCACCGUUCUUGUCACCGGCGCCGGCGGUAGAACCGGCCAAAUUGUUUACAAGAAGCUCAAGGAGAGGUCGGACCAGUACACUGCUCGAGGCUUUGUGAGAACUCAAGAGAGCAAAGAAAAAAUCGGUGGAGAAGAUGAUGUUUACAUUGGGGACAUAAGGAAUAGCGACACGUUAGUUUCGCCCAUUCAAGGUAUAGAUGCUCUUGUUAUACUCACGAGUGCUGUCCCCAAAAUGAAGCCCGGGUUUGACCCGACCAAAGGCGGGCGGCCCGAAUUCUAUUUUGAAGACGGUGAAUUCCCUGAACAGUUAUAUGAGACUGAUAUUCUGCAAUAA